AUGUCGUUGAUGCUAGGACCCCGAGCUCCCUACAUGCACUCUCUCCUCCCUUCAUCGUCAUUGGAAGGGUUAGAGCAAGUGAUACCACCAGAGCCCAACUCCCCCAAAAUUUACAUACCAAGAUGGAAGCUCGACAAACCUCUUCCCACCCCUCCAGAACGAAAUUCUGGCAUUUACUCUUCAGACGACUAUUAUCUGAGUAGUGCUCGUUACCAGCGCCCCUAUGAUAGACAGCGUGAAACUGGGAUAUACUCACGAAACUGCGGCCCUACACACGCCCGCUCGGUCGAUGAACUCCGGUUAUUUUGUAGCCGGCAAUCACCAGUUCCCCGUUCACCUCACUAUCAGAGGAUAUCGAGAAACGAUCAGUUUUCGAGCCUUGCAAAACGUGCUCGACAUUCGACCGAGCCGAUAUAUCAAACCCAUGACGAAGGGUCGAUAAAGGCUCAUGUGCGGAUUGACGACAAGAUACCUCACAAAGAGCUGAAAGUUCCUAAGCCAAAAAGAGAGUCAAUUUCAGGGGUAGUGAAGUCAGCCAAUACAACUCUCAUAACACGUAUAGACGAGAGUGCUGAGUCGGUAGAAGCCGCCCAACCACGGACUGACACUCCCGAGGGCCACGAUAACCGCGAUCUUUGUUUCUGCCAUAAACCCCACCCCCGUCACAGCAAAACGUACACAAAUAAACGAUCCUCAAAGUCUAGUUCCAGCGAGGGGGUUCAGGCUGGGAAUCUCCCUGAUGCAGCAUCAUACAUUGGACUCAUCCGGCAACAGUCGGCGCCGGAUAUCCCUCACGUUAAGAUAGAAGAAGUCCCCGGUGGACAAUUGAAUUCGCGGAGAGAAGACGAACCCCCCAACCGCACACAGCUGUACUCGUUUACCACCUGUGCGAGCACAUCCAUGAUCGAUGAAUUCCCGGACACAAUCAGCAGGAAGGAGAGUUCCGGAUUUGGUCUCUUCCGAUCUCCUCCCUUACCGCCAGCCCGUCAAGAGAACCGUCACAGGCCAAAGCAGCUCGCAAUCCCGCCGAGCGACUACCAGCUAUAUGGAGUCAAGGGAAUGCCAAAGAACAAGCCGAAGAAAAAAAAAUCGGGUCUUCUCCCCAGCUACAUCAACAAGCUGAUCCCCAAGGUCAUACGACGGCAAACGAGCGAGCCACAGAUGCAAUCGUUGACCACACCACAAACGGCACCACCGUACCUGCCAGGGGAGAAUCCUCAUCGUAGCCGUGAGGAGUGGUUCGGACUGGGGAAGAAUAUCAACGCAUGGCGGUCAACGAUUGAGUUCUCCCGGGAUGCCUUUGGCUCGAACGCGAACAGGGCGGCUGAGCAGAAGAGAAAGGAAGAACUGAAGAACAAGAUCGUAAUGGUUGGGCCAACACCCCACUGGCUGUAG